CAGCUCGUCUACUUGCCAUUGAUUCGCGACUUGCGUAGAGCUGGGACAUACAGCUGGGGGAGUGCGACCCUUGCUUAUUUGUAUCGACAGAUGUGUCGAGCCGCUCGUACACGAUCCCGUGACAUUGGUGGUCCACUUAUACUUCUGCAGUUAUGGUCAUGGGAGCAUAUUCACAUUGGUCGUCCGAGGAUUUCGAGAGUUCGCGAUGCUCCACCUCCUGACCCAGAGCAUCCUAUUGAGGUCGACGAUCCAUCUAUUCUUGGUACUCAGCAUCAGCGUGGAGUGGACCCCUUAGCAUGCAGUUGGCUUAGGGUUCACUUUUCAUGUGGCCAUACAGCUAGUGGACUCUCUUUCUUUAGGGAUGCACUUGACCAUCAAAAGGAGACACAGAUGACUUGGCAGCCAUAUUCAGAGACGGUACUUGGUUUACUACCCGAGAUUUGUAGAUGUGAUAGAGAUAUAUGGCGCUCAGUUGUACCGUUGAUUUGCUUUGACAUUGUUGAGUACCACUACCCAAAUCGAGUGAUGCGUCAGUUUGGAUUGGAACUGUCAGUUCCCGUUGCGUGUGACACGAGUGUUGAUCUUCAUAAUGUGGAUCGACGGCAUAAAAACAAGAAGUUUGAAGAGAUGCAUCGCAAAUAUGUGGAGGAGUGACGUGAUCGUGAGAGUCGGAUUGUUCAAGGCACUCCUUUUGCC